AUGACGAAAGACGAACAAAUACCGCCCAUUGAUGAGACGUUGGACAAGAUGAGCGACAACGUUGGCUUGAUGACCACCGUCGCCACGCAAAAGCCUUCACGGGUCGAAGAGUAUUCGACGGACGGUAGCGUGUUGUCACGAAGUGAUCACAAACGAGUGGACAAGAAUUCUGAUGAUUCUGAUGACGAUGGCAAUUUCGACGACAACCGCGAUAUUAACUGGGACGAUGAGAAACCACAUCGUAAAGAAACGAUGCAACAAUUCGCUCAACGGCAAUACCGAAAUGUGGUGCAUUUCUUCGUGGAGGACUGGUUCUUGUCUGCAAUGCUCGGCAUCAUCACUGCAAUACUGUCCAUAUCAACCGAUGUAGCCAUUGAGUAUCUUCUUCACUUUCGUCUUCUUCUCUAUGGAUUGGCUAAUGCCCACCAUAUUUAUGCUGGAUUUGUUACAUGGGUCCUUUACGUCACGGUGCUUGUCACAUGCGCUUCUCUAGUUUGCCAUGCACUCGGCAAGCAAGCAGUCGGUGAGUGUCCCACGAGCAUGGCAAAAUUUCUGAAAGUGAUUCCAUUCGCUCACUUAUUUUUUGAGUUCGUUUUACCCCUUGUUUUAUUUUUCUGA